GAGAGAGAAUUGAAUUGAGAGAGAGAGAGAAGGAGGCUGUUACAGUAACGCACAUAGCGGGGAUACUAAGUCGCGCACAGCCGCUGGUAUCACGAUUUAUCGCCCCCCUCCCUCUGUGCCGAAAUCACAGACCGCCGCAGGAAUAUGGUGCGUAUUCUCCAGCCCCUGCUCCGCAAUUAGGCACCACCACCCAAACGCGCAUUUCCCUUCUCAAAAGCGGGGGCUGGGGCUCAGGGCUCAGGCGCUGGACAUCAGAAAGUACUGCCCCUUUACCCUCCUUUUUUUUUUUAAAUUUGCAUUGAUAUAUUUUGUCUUUUGGCAUCGGAACAAAAAAGAAAAAAAAAAGUCCAUCGGUUCCACAUUUCAACAGCCCCAAGCGAACAUAAAUGGUGGAAGCUAUAGUGGAGUUUGACUACAAAGCUCAGCACGAUGACGAGCUGACCAUCGCUGUGGGCGACAUCAUCUCCAACAUCAGGAAGGAUGACGGAGGUUGGUGGGAAGGCGAGAUCAGUGGCAGGAGGGGGCUCUUUCCGGACAACUUCGUCAGGCUCAAAGCUGUGAUACAGUGUUCAAAACCCACCGAGGAGGAAGAAAAAUUGACUUUCGGAUCAUUGCGAAAAAGUCAGCUGCCUCGGCAGGCUGAGCAUUCUUCCCAGCCUCUGGUGGCUGGGUUCUUCUGAGUGCAGAGUCGGACGAGGGGGUGAGAAGAGAUGAGAGGCCUGAAUUUUUUUUUUCUUUCAUCAUCCAGUGAAGGAUUGACUCCCUCCGGCACGGUGUUUGGGCAUGGGUCUCGUUAAAUGAGUUGGCUCCAUUUCAAGAGCGAGGGUCUAUUAUUGUAAGAGUGGCACUUAUCUCCACUCUGCUGUCUCCGAUGUCUGGUUUCAUCAGCAGGCUGGCCUUCCUUCCCCGUUGUAAUUUAUGAACUGACACUUGGGCUUUCAGCUGAGCGUAGGUUUGUGCUUUCUUGGCCCUUCUUAUUUUGUUUCU